CACCUUAGCGUCCGCACCCGCCCACCACAUCCACAUCUGCCACCCCAGCCCACCGCCACCCACCAGACCGGUCCGGGAACUGACGGGACAGCACAGGACAGGACAGCAGCGUUCCUCCUUCAGACGGGAUGGGCCCCCUGCUUCUGCUCACCUCCACGCUCCUGUCCAGCUACCUCCAUCCAUGGAGAGUGGUGGACGCACAGAAAUCUUUCACAAUAAGAGGCAUCACCCUGUCCGUUGAGCCCAGUACUGACGUGACCCGGGACACCAACGUGACUAUCAGAUGUCAGGCCAUUGUGAGCAGCUCAGGACACCAGCCUCUGAGUCGGGAGUACACCAUCUACAAAGACGGCAUCGUAGUCUACACCAAGACCUCCAGCAGCUCUGAAGAUUUCCUGUACCAGCUGUACAACGCCAGAGUGUCCAACACAGGCAAAUAUAUGUGUAAAGUCACCAUCGAGGGAGAGCAGAGGCAAAGCGAAACCAAAAAACUCACAGUAACAGGUUUGUCGCCUCCACAUCUGCACAUCAAUAAUGGUGUGAUCAGUGAAGGGGAGGAGCUGACGGCCAGUUGCACAGCGCCUGGUGAAACUGGAUCUAUCAUCUUCUACUUCUACGAGGGCUCCAAAGAGAAACGUGAAGAGAGAGUCAACACCAACCAUGUGGAGGUCAGCUUUCCCCUCAGCAGCUCGGGCAUCCAUAAACUUUACUGCGUUUACACCAUCCUCAUUACACCAGACUCCAUUUGGUCAGAGAAAAGCAACUCAGUAACAGUGACAGUCAGAGAGCUGCCCAUCACACCAGUGUUGGAGAUUUUCCCACUGCAAGACAUCUAUGAAGGAGAUCGGCUAGAUAUCUUCUGCACCGUCAAAAAUGUUCCACGUAACACUAACAAUCUCGACGUCUACCUGAGCCAAGGGGACCAGCUUCUGAGCAGCGGAAUAACUGAAGCCAACCACAGCAUGACUGCACUGGCAAAGGACUCUGGGGAGUUUGAGUGUAGAUUACAGAUGGGACACGUGGUGAAGCCUGUUUCAAAGAAGGUUUCAGUGACAGAGCUGUUCUCCGUCCCCACCCUCACCAUGUCUCCUGCUGAAGUCUUCCAAAAGGAACCCAUGACGCUCACCUGCAGAAGUGAGAGCUUUGCAUCUGAGAGACUCCGCAGGGAAGAGCUGACCUACUCUCUAGAUCCACCUGAAAGCUUUCUGAUCCCCAGAGGCAACGGAGAAUUUUCUGGCAAAGCCCUGCCGUAUGAGUUCAACUACACCUGCACAGCUCAGGCCAAGGGCAUUGUGAAACACAGCAAAACCCUGACUGUUCAUCCUCGAGUCUCUGUGUCCACUCCAAGGAUCUCUGUGGUGGGUAAGGCGGUCCUGGGACGGCCCUUCCAGAUCCGCUGUGAGUCCGACUUCGGCAGCCUGCCCAUAAACUACACCCUGCUGGAGAACUACGACCCCCUGCACACGGUCAUCGUCAAGCAGCCCGGACAACAGGCUCUGUUCAUAGUGACCUUCAGGCACCCCGGAAAAACGAGCAAGUACAUGUGUGAGGCAAAGAACAGUCAUAAAGACGGCAAGCUUAGUGAAACAGUGGACAUCACUGCCAUAGAGCCUUUGUCGCAGCCGCUGUUGACCAUCAUCCCCACAUUGUCAGAAAUCGCAGAAGGAACUAACCUGCUCCUGAUCUGCAGUGUUAAAGGGACACCGCCAGUCACCUUUAAGAUAUACCGCGAUGGCCGAGACCAGCCACUGUUCACAACCAACUCCUACGACAACAACACCAGCUUUGAGAUCCGGGAUCUGUCCAAAGAGGACAGUGGCAAAUAUUACUUUGAGGCCUUCAACCCCGCCAACAACGUCAUCAGCAGUGAGCAUAUCCAUGUGGAAGUGCAACUGGCCAUGUGGAAGAAGGUGGUGAUCGGGGGCUUCUGUCUGCUGGCUGUGUCGGUCCUGGUGGUGGUGCUCGCACUUUUCUUCAAAUCCAAGAGAGGUAAAAGAGAAGCAGCUGCUGAAUUGUCAGUAAAGCCUUCGAGCCCUAAAUCAGAUGACUCUUUAACAGUGAAUCUAACCCACGACACAGAGGUUUAUAACGCAGCCACAGACGCAGUGCUGCGCUAUGACGGCAUGGAGGGGAGAGUGACCAAUGGGACGCGAGCUAGCAUGGCGUCACUUCCUGCUGACGUCAGCAACAGGAGCAGCUACAGUAUCCCAGCAACAGUGUAGAGACCAGCUCACAGUAGGAGGGACUCAAAUUCAGUUUGUACAAAACCCACUAAAUGGUUUAAGAAAAAGAAACACUAAAAACAAAAAGACUGAAACUAAAAUGGAACUGAUUUGAAUCCUGUUUGGGAUGGCAGUGUUUCAGGAUCUGGACAUUUUCAGGACUGAUGACUUUUCUUAUGUUAAAAAGGAGGGGGAUGUUAUGACCAGGAUGGUGACCCCGCUGCUCCCUCUCCCCUCCUCCUGCAGUCUAGGUGUCGUUUGAUCCUUUCAUUCCUCAUAUUGCAGCCUUUGUUCUGUGUUUCGGUGUGAUUGCAUGUCUUGUUCUAGUUGCAGCUGCUGUGUAUGUCUAAUGUGCAUGCUUAAACUGACUUGGUCCAAUUGUAUAUACAUUUAAUCACAGGAAGUGUGUGUAUAUAUUUUUGGUUGAUCCCUCUGAUUGAAAGAGACACUUGUAGAAUAAAGAUGUUGGUUUUAUUUUA